ACCCGUACCGUAAUAUGCGGAAGAAAAGUGCAACAGGAUUGUAGGUGCGGCUGGGGGUGCGGCUAGCUUGACCUGACUUCGCGUGUGAGGGCUCUCUUGACCGCAGUUACAGGAAGUACCCUGGAGCUGUGACGUCAACUCUGAAUGGAUAAGUUUCAUUUUCCAGUUUCCACGUGACACAGGCAGUCCAAACAAAAUUGAAAACAUCACCAGCUUGCGACUGUCUUGUACUGCUGAACAAGAGACAAAACUACACAGAGCUUCGUCGCUGUAUCUGUAUUCUAUGCCACUCAAAAAUAUUACUGAACAAAAAGACACUGCGAAAUGGCAGAUUUUGGACUGCAUACCUACCAGCAGGAAGUGGUUGAAAGGGCUCUUAAAGGAGAGAACAUCAUAAUAUGGUUACCGACGGGAGGUGGAAAGACCCGCGCUGCAGUGUAUGUGGCCAAAAAACACCUGGAGACCACACCAAAUGCUAAAGUGAUGGUCCUCGUAAACAAGGUUCAUCUUGUUGAUCAACACUACAACAAAGAGUUUGAGCCUUACCUGGGUCAUACCUUCAUUAUUAAGAAAGUCAGUGGAGAGAAUAAGGAAAAGGACUUUUUUGGGUUAGUGGUGCAGCAGUCACAAGUAGUCAUCUGCACAGCACAGAUCUUGUACAACGCUCUGAUUAACAAGGAGGAAGCAAGACAUGUCGAGCUCUCAGAUAUUACUCUGCUGAUAAUUGAUGAGUGCCACCACACUCAAAAGGAGGAAGUCUACAACAAAGUAAUGAGACUCUAUGUGGAGAAAAAGUUGAAGGGAGAAAAACCACUGCCACAGAUCUUGGGCCUCACAGCAUCCCCAGGAACAGGAGGCGCAAAGACCCUGGACAAGGCUGUGGAGCAUGUACUAGAGAUUUGUGCCAACUUGGACUCAGCCAUAGUUUCAGCUAAAGAAUAUGCUUCUGAACUGAAGGAAGUGGUGCCCAGACCCAGAAAAAUCUUCAAAAUUGUGAAAGAAAGAAUUAAAGAUCCGUUUGGUGAUCAUCUGAUAUCGAUGAUGAACACCAUCCACAGUCGCAUGGGCCUUCCUCCAGACUUCAGACUUAAAGAGUGUGGAACACAAGAAUAUGAGGCAGAUGUGGUGAAUCUAGAGCAACGAGGCGUACAGGAGAAAAACAGACCGCUUGCACAAUGUGCGUUACACCUAAGGCAAUAUAAUGAUGCCCUCCUCAUCAAUGACACCUUACGGAUGAUUGAUGCUUAUCGCUCCUUAGAGGAGUAUUACUCCAAAAAGAGAACCAAUCCCAUUGAUGAGACAGACACCUUCCUGUUGGAACUUUUUGAAGAGAAUCAGGUGGAGCUAAGGAACCUUGCUAUGGAUUCUCGCUUUGAGAACCCAAAGAUGGAUGAACUUCAGAGCACUCUGUUAGAACAGUUUAGGUCAGGUGUCCCAUCAAGGGCAAUCAUCUUCAGUAAAACUCGCAAAAGCAUCCACUGCCUGAAAGACUGGGUCCUCACAAACAGGGCAUUGCAGGAAGCUGGCAUCAAGGCAGACAUCCUCACUGGUGCUGGUAAUGGCAUCACCUACAUGACACAGAAUGAACAGGCAGAAAUAAUCAAGAAUUUCCGUAUGGGUUCUCUGAACCUCCUGAUCUCCACCAGUGUGGCUGAAGAAGGUCUUGAUAUACCUGAAUGCAACCUGGUGGUGCGCUACGGACUCCUUACAAAUGAGAUCGCCCAGCAGCAGGCCAGUGGACGUGCACGAGCAAGAAACGCUCAGUAUGCCUUCGUAGCCCAAGCAGGCGGGCGUGAAGAUCGCCGAGAGCGCAUCAAUGAAUAUCUGGAGGAGCUGACUGGACAAGCCAUUGGCCGUGUGCAAACCAUGACCCCUCAAGAGUUUUGCUCAAAGAUUACUCAACUUCAAGAGAUGGCAGUCACUUGCACCAAAAUUGAACUGAAGCGCCAAGCAGAGAAGAGGAGUCGUAACACUGCUUCCAGUUUCCAGCUCUCGUGUCGAGGCUGUUUUACCCCUGUGGCUUCUGGCAGUGACAUCAAGCUAGUUGAGAACAUGUACAUCAACGUCAACCCUGCCUUUAAGAAUCACUACAAUGUUGGAGACAAACCGACUCUAGAAAGAAGCUUUAAGGACUGGGAGCCUGGGUGUAAAAUCAGCUGUAAAAAAUGCAACAAGAAAUGGGGAAAUGAAAUAAAGUACAUGAAGUGUGCCAUAAUGCCAAAUCUAGCCAUUAAGAACUUUGCUCUGGGGAGCCCUGGUCAAGAGUGGCCACCAGUGAAGAAGUGGAAAGAUGUACCUUUCACUGUUGAGGACUUCAACUUUAAAGAGUACUGCCAGGAAAAUAACCCUGACUUGCUCGAUUAAGACAUCAUUAAGAGAGCUCUGUGUGGGUUUUCCUAUUCUCGAAUUUCUGUUCACAGAUUUGCUCCACAGAUGUUAAGUCUUUGUUCUGCGAGCCCUGCGUGCCAAAACCUUUAAUGCACCAAUCAUGCUUGUAUUAUUUGCAUUUGUUUUGUAUAUAGAGUAUUUCCUCAUUUACAUCUCAAGUCAAGUACAGAAGCAAAGAACAUGAACCAUCAUGAGCAUUUGACAUGUCAUUAAGAAAAGAUUAAUUUUACAUGAACUUUUAGCUAUUUUACAUUUAAUUUAGGUGUAAUAUUAUCAAUUUGUGUUUGAAUUAUGUAAGUGGGAGUACAGUGACCAUCUGAAAUUUAUAUAAAUGCUUUGCCUAAUGUUAAGAAAUUGUCUAAAAGUCUAAAUCAUUUUGUGUGUUUAAUAUUAAUUAAUGUUACAUUAAUUAAUAUCAAAUAAAAUCAGACAUGUCUUUUGAAAUGA